AUUUUGUUUUCUCUGCUGUCAGCUGUUACCUUCUUUUUGGACACGCGACAAACUAAAUAUAAGCUUCGUCCUUAUCGGGUGGGUGCCUGAGCGGCGUGAGCUAGCAAACAGCAAUGGCAUUUUACAGAGUGAGAUCGUUGCAGGCCUUUUCGAAGUGCAUGUACACUCUCAUUACUUCUCCAUUUAAUCCAUCUUCAACUUGCAGAUUCUCUUCGUCCAAACUUUCAUCCCAGUUUGAGAGUGUGGGAUUUAUUGGGCUGGGAAACAUGGGGUACCAUAUGGCGAAUAAUCUAAUUAAAGCUGGAUACCAACUCACUGUUCAUGACUGCAACCAUAAUGUAAUGAAGGCUUUCGCAGUCAAGGGGGUUCAGACAAGAGACACACCUUCUAGAGUUGCAGAAAUGAGUGAUGUUGUAAUUACAAUGUUGCCAUCGCCUUCUCAUGUAUUGGAUGUUUACACUGGGCCAGAUGGUUUGAUAACUGGUGGCAAUCCUCUAAGGCCUUCACUGUUUAUAGAUUCAUCUACAGUUGAUCCCCAAACGUCCAGACAGCUUUCUGUUUCUAUAUCCAAAUGUCUUUUGAAAGAUAAUAAAGAUAAUUGGGAGACUCCUGUGAUUUUAGAUGCUCCUGUAUCCGGGGGUGUUCUUGCUGCUGAAUCUGGGACACUUACUUUCAUGGUUGGCGGUGCAGAGAAGGCUUAUCUUGCUGCGAAACCUUUGUUCUUAUCCAUGGGAAAAAAUACAAUUUAUUGUGGUGGAACUGGAAAUGGUUCUGCAGCAAAGAUAUGCAACAAUUUGGCAAUGGCCAUAAGCAUGCUUGGGGUGUCAGAAGCAUUGGCUCUGGGGCAGUCUCUGGGAAUUGCAAGUGGUACAUUAACUAAGAUUUUUAACUCCUCAAGUGCUCGCUGUUGGAGUAGUGAUACUUAUAAUCCAGUACCUGGAGUGAUGGAGGGGGUACCCUCUUCAAGGGAUUAUGAUGGCGGGUUUGCAUCCAAGCUUAUGGCAAAAGACUUGAGCCUUGCUGCAGCAUCGACCGAAGAGGUUGGUCUUAAAUGUCCAUUGACAUCCCAAGCACUACAAAUAUACAUGGAGCUCUGCAAGGAGGGUCAUGAAAGCAAGGACUUUUCCUGUGUUUUUCGCCACUAUUACUCUGGCAAGGAUGAGAUUUAAAUUAACCUCUAAUUCGUUGCACCACUAAUAAAUGGAUAUGUUGCAGUGCCUAUGAUCGAAUUUAAUGCUAUAAUAAUAAAUGCAGAAGUCCCUUUUUGGAGGGAAUGCAAAUUGGUUUA